AUGAAUAUGCAUGGAUCAGGAGAAAUAUCAACUUGGGAUUUAACUGAUGAAUCAGGUUCAAUUACUUUAGUUGCUUUUAAUUUAAAUUCUCAUUUAUUAUCAAACAAAUUAAAGAAAGAUAAGAUGUAUGAAUUUGUUAAUUUAUCGAUUCGUCCAGCAUCUGAUCUUUACAAAACGUUACCACAUCAAUUUGAAUUACUUUGUAAUACUGGAACACGUGUGGAAGAAAUAAUUUCACCUUUGAUUAAUCAAGAAUUAUAUCAUAAUUUUGUACAUUUAAAUCAAGUUGAUAAUUAUGUUUCAGAUAUACAAGUGCGUGUGAUGCGUGAUUCUGAAAUCUCAACAGGUCAACAUAAUGAUAAAUUAUGGUUUCGACGUGAUCUUCAUAUUAUUCAGGACGAAACACAAAUUCGGAUGACUCUAUGGAAUAGUCAAAUUAUUACUCAUCGAAUUUCGGAUUUAAUGCAAUUAAUAAAAGAUCAAAAUGUUAAAAAUACUCAUAUUUGUAUAAGUAUUCAAAAUGAUAAUGAUACUCGAGAGUUUUGUUAUCUUACAAUAGAUGAAUUGACACAAUUGUUUCAGCAGACUCCUGUGAUUGAACGUUGUCUUUAUGAAGUAAUUUUUCCAACAAACCAAGUUAAAACAUAUAUUGAUUUUGAGUAUUAUAUCACGAAUAAUCUUGAUAUUGAAAGUCCUUAUAUUGGAGCUAGAUGUUUUCUCAAAAUACUUUACAAUCUAUUAAAUUUUCAACAAAAUAUUGAUUGUGAAGCUAAUUAUAAAAUGGAUCUUAUAUUACAACAAUUUCUUGUACUUAAUUCAUGUACUUCGGAUAAAAUAUCAUAUCAUUUCAUUCAUGCGAAUCCUUGUGUAUUAUUCGAAAAUAAUUUAACACUUGGUUUAUUUGUUAGGAUUGCUAUAAAUUUUCUUUUAUAUUCGAUUGCUCAACAUAAAUGUUCAUCAUUUAGUGUAAAUUUUGAUUUACAAAAAAACACUACGAUUGACUUAUUACUAUUGCUGACACCUUAUAUAAAUAUAUUACGUAAAUGUUGUACUAAUUGUAAAUUGUAUGGCGGUUAUGUCACUGUUUCAGAAAUUGCUCAUUUAUUAGUAUUAAAUAAACAAAAUGAAUUUACUACUGCAGUAGAUGUUAAUGUUUAUUCUCAGCAUCAACAAUUUCGUUUAUUUGAUUGCGUCAAAAGAGGCAAAAUGAAUCCUCUUGUUCGAUCUAGUAAUUUUCAAUUUCACGACUAUGUUGAAAGUUCUUAUUAUGAAAUUCUUCAAAAAUCACUAAUAACGUACAUUCACCAAUUAAAUUUACCAAUAAUUUCUAUAAAAAAUAACCAAUUUCAAUGGACAACCAUGAAUGAAAUUAAUCUAUUAGAAACAACUCAUAAAAGUCUACUCAAUUUAAAUCAUAUUAAUAGAUAUUUUAAUAUUUUUUAUGGAUUAAAUACGAAGUCUAUAUCUGAUCAACGACCUUGUAAUUUAACCAUUGAAUCAACAACGUAUAGUAAUAUUAAUCAUGAUACUCAAGUAGAAUUAUUUAGACCAUUUGUAGAAAAUUUAAUCAAACAAGAUAGAAGUCAUCAAGGUUAUAUUCGAUCAUGUGUACGUGGUACAUACAAUGCAGAUAUGUUAUUUUUUAAUAUCGGAGGACAAUAUCGAUAUUGUGAUCUAUUAAAAAACUAUAAAACAUUAAACGAUACUGAUGAAGCUGGUUUACUUUUAUCACUGUUUACAUGUGUUGGACAUUUUGCUGGUGAUUCACUUGUUCGAAUAACUAAUCAUGUGAGCAAUCUAAACAUUUUUCUUUUAUUAAUUGGACCAUCAGAUAAUUUAAAUUAA